UUUUAACAUGGAAGAAGAAGAGUUCUUUGGAGAAAAAACAUUCCAGCAUUACUGUGCAGAAUUCAUUAAACAUUCAGAACAGAUAGGCGAUGGAUGGGAAUGGAGAACGUCAAAGGACUGUUCUGAUGGCUACAUGUACAAAACACACUUUCAAGUUAAAAAUGGGACUGUGGCGUCACAUCCAGGAACAUCUGCCUGUGUACAGACUUGUCCUUCCAUGGAGGAAGCUUUAGAACUACCCUCAGAUGAUUUUGAAGUGACUGAGACUCCAGCGGCAUCUGAAGUGAUUAAAUAUGAGUAUCAUGUCUUGUAUUCCUGUAGCUACCAAGUGCCUGUACUUUACUUUAGGGCAAGUUUUUUAGAUGGGAGACCUUUAACUCUGAAGGACAUAUGGGAAGGAGUCCAUGAGUGCCAUCAGGCACGGCUGCUGCAGGGUCCAUGGGACACUAUUACCCAGCAGGUUAGAGAGUAUUUUCGUUUUACUGUUUUCAUUUCUUUCUCUCUGCUCAUU